CCCGAUGCAGGAGCUCGAUGGGAUAUUGUCCUCCGUCGGCAGCAGCUGAGGUCCGCCGAUGCCCUUUGGUGGGGAUGUGGCUGUCCCCGCUGCUCGUGCAGGACCGUCGCAUUCCCAUGCUGGACAUUCCCAUGGAGCUUAUGAGGAGGAAGGAAGUAGAUCUAUUGUCUAGAUCUCCGAACUACAUUCUUGAUUAGACUGCUCUACUUGAAUACUUCUUGACUCAGCCAGGGAUCCUCGUAGAGAUGACGAGAUUUGUCGUCCGUAGAGCAGAAGCAAUGGUUGUAGCAGGUCGGGUAGAACUAGUAGAAUACAGAAACGCGAAUGAUCUUACAACACUUGCCAUGUGUCCGCAUCUAUUGAGAUUUAUGAAUGCGAAGGGUUAAAAUCUCUAAUCCCUACACCAACACGGACAUGGCGGUAGUGAUCAUGGGCAUAGCCACGGAAAACCAAGCGGCUGAGGACAUUCACACUAGAAAGAAGCACCUUUUUGGAGCAUGUAAAGUUAUGGAUGGCGUUCCUUCCAUCUUUACGACCAUCGAGGCUGGCCCUUUUCCCCUUGAAAGAGUAUAGGCCAAAGGGGCGCCUCGGUCAUGGUCUGUCUAGAUUAUGGAAAAAACGCCAUUCAUAAAAAUGGAAUACUGAGCUUUCACCGAGUGGCAGCCAUCAAAGUGUGGCGGCUCGGAGAAGUGCGGGCUGAAGAACUAAUUACCAGAACAUACAUAGACUCUUUGUAUACUUUUGUUUGAUUAUUGAUGUCGAUCAUCCGCGAUCCUACAAUAUAGCUCUGGUUACAACGGGUGCGAUAACUAGUUCUCACAGCUCGUUCCACUGUGUAAAAUGGAUGCGACAUCAUGGUAGUAGUUACGAAGUAAAAAUAAAGGCAUUCUAGUAGUGCCUCAAGAAGAUUCUCUCUGUCGAAGGUGAUCACUUAUUUUUUGAGCUUAUCUAUACCUAUAUCUUUGUGAUGCUUCUGCAGUGUGUCACUCUCUCAAAUGGUUUUAACUCUUACUUCAUCUUGUUUUUUUGGGGAGCAUAUCACCACUCUGAGGGGUUGCAAUUGUUCCUAGAAAACAAGUAAUUUUGAUACUUGUCAUUGUUGAGAGGGCACACGUAAAGCGUGAGCUGAUUUUUUGAUAAACUAAAACUUUGAGCUGCAGAGUUUCAUAGAUUGAGUUGUCUUCAUCCCUCGAGGUGGGAUGGAAGCACUACGUCUCAACGGUUUAGCAUUCAAUUCCAUCGUUCAUCUACCCAUCUAGUCCACAACUCGUAUAUGGAUCAUCUGUCUUUCUUCAAUCGCGUUGAUUAUAUUGGUACUAUGCUUUGCUUUCGCUUACUCGAUGCCAAUAGAUACUCGCCCCACUUCUCCCUCAAUAGGCCUUCGAAAUCUAGUAUCCUCCCGAGUAAUGUUUACCCCUCUGCUGUGUAAGUCAGCAUCUAAUUUUACCCAUUUGUUGUGCCUUCGUUCCAUAAACCCUUUGCUUCUACCUAGUGUGCCAUGUUGCUUCAUCAUUCUUCAGAUUCUAUGUUGCGGCACUCGCUGAGAAGGGACUACUUGAUUUCUUUUGUAUACAGUAAUUCACGUUCACGAUCACAGCCCCGAUUUAGCUACGGCUAGGACUACGAAGAUAUGGACACGGAUGACUAUCCUCAUUCAGUUACAUUUUCAUUUGUUGUGCAGGUCGAUGCACAAGCAUGACCGUCAGACUUUUCGGAAUGAGGAAAAAGAAAUCUUCACUGGAAGAUAUUAUAACGCGCGUCCUCCGUGGAAGAAAAGAUCAACAGAUCUCCUCCUGCGUUAUCCCAUGCGCGUGACAAACCUCAGAGUCUACAGAUCAUGCACUUUUGACUUAAUACAGG